GAGAAACUGAAGUUGUCUCUUAAUUUUUCCAGAGCUGUACUUAGUUCUCUUCCAGGCCAGGUGGAGGUGCUGGUUCUCCAAAGAUAAUAAAGUGUAGAAGAAGAUCUCAGUCCGCAGUGUUUUAUAGAGAAACAGUAGAUGAUCUGCUGCAGUUCCUGUGAUCCUUCGUCAGAAUAGAAUGAUCUCUCGUCGCAAGUCGUCUGCUGUUUCUAGUGACCACAUCUUAAAUUUACUUCCACAUUUACGUCGAAACACACCACAAAGUUCUCACAAUGUUGUCAUCAGAAGAGAUAAAAUGUGAGAAUGUGUUUCCAUCAUUUACUGUCCACAAGAAGAAUCCCAAAUCAGUUCAGGACAAGGAAUAUCUCACCACUGCUUACACUGUGGGAAGAGUUUUAUAAAACUGAGUGCCCUUCAAAUACACCAGCGCGUUCACACUGAGGAGAAACCGUAUCCGUGCUCAGAAUGUGGGAUGAGCUUUCGAACUAAUGAUGCUAUCAAAAAACACGAGCGCGUUCAUACUGGAGAGAAACCGUAUCGCUGUUCAGAGUGUGGGGUGAGUUUUAGAAACCAGAGUAAUCUGAGAAGACACCGGCGCGUUCACACUGGAGAGAAACUGUAUCAGUGCUCCGAAUGUGAAAAGAGUUUUUAUCAACAGAGUGAUCUUCAAACACACCAGCGUGUUCACACUGGAGAGAGAGCGUUUUAUUGCUCAGAGUGUGGAAUGAGUUUUAUCAAUAAGAGUAAUCUCAGAAGACACCAGCGCAUUCACACUGGAGAAAAACUGUAUCAGUGCUCCGAAUGUGAAAAGAGUUUUUAUCAACAGAGUGACCUUAAAACACACCAGCGCGUUCACACUGGAGAAAAACCGUUUUACUGCUCAGAGUGUGGAAAAAGUUUCAGAAAGAGUGACGCCUUCAAAAAACAUGAACGCAUUCACACUGGAGAAAAACCGUAUCAGUGUUCAGAGUGUGGAAAGAGUUUUAGAGAUAAUUGCAAUCUCAAAAAACAUCAUCUCACCCAUACAGGAGAGAAACCGUAUUACUGUUCAGAGUGUGGAAAAAGUUUUACUCACCAGAGUUCCCUUCAAGAACACCAGCGCAUUCACACUGCGGAGAAACCGUAUCAGUGCUCAGAGUGCGGGAAAAGUUUUACCCAACAGAGCAAUCUGAAAAAACACCAGCGUGUUCACACUGGAGAGAAACCGUUUUAUUGCUCAGAGUGCGGAAAGUGUUUUACACAAAGUGGUAAUCUCAGAAAACACCAGCGCAUUCACACUGGAGAAGAAAAACUGAAUUAAAGUGCAAUAUGUAAUGUUGCAGAUUUUGCAUUUUAUCAUUGCAGUUAAAAAAACUGUGAAUGAUCCAACUUUGAUUCAAUGUUGAAAUGCCAGCUAGGAUUCCUGGUUGGACUGAAACCCUACAAAAUGUGUGAAGUUGCAAAACAAAAAAUUCAGGUAAAUUUAACAAAUGUGUAAAACGAGACCAUUAUAAAACUCAACAGCUGUUUCUUAAAAGAUAAACUUCAGAAAAACAGCCUAAUGGCUAAAAGCUUGUGAUCACUAAAUCCAGCAGUUACUUCAGAAGAAUAUAGUAACAAGAAUAAAAAAGAAUGCUAAAAGCUAAAACUAGUUUUACCGGUAAAGGAGAAAGUGCCUGACUGGAGGCUACAUGCUCUGUUUAUUUCUGUUUAUUUCCGGGACUAAAAUUACCGGAGGAGCACGGAGUUCCGAGAAAAACAGUAGAUAAUUCAGCCUGUAAUUUUCUCAGAGGACGUCUGAGAAAUAAAACACAUACGUCUGGGAUAAAACCCCCCAUAAAAAUUACCCCAAAACCCCCUGAGAAACUAAUCCCAUCUGGAUAGGGCUUAAUAUACUGUUAUACAGACAGAGUUGUUCUUUUAUCAUCUUUUUAAAAUUUUCUGCUGGUUGGUUGUUUUUAAAAACCAUCAGUUUCUUGAUUAUUGACUUUUGAAAAACAUUCACAAUAAUUGAUGUUCAACCAUCCUAUGCCCUUAGGCCUUUUGACUGAGAUCAUUAUCCUGCCAAAAAGUGAAAUACCUCCUGUGUUUUUUUGUUUGUUUGUUUUAAUACACUGAUGCAGAUUGUCUUGUUUUAAGACAUCUUUUCAUAAAUUUUAACAAGAUGCUCUGAGUGUGGAAAGAGUUUUAGAUUAAAGAGUGAUCUCCAAAAUCACCAGCGCAUUCACACUGGAGAGAAACCGUAUCAGUGCUCAGAGUGUGGGAUGAGUUUUAGAGAGAGUAGUGGCCUCAAGAAACACCAGCACUUUCACAUUGGAGAGAAACCGUUUCAAUGCACAGACUGUGGGAAAGGUUCUUUGGAAUAAAAUCCCGAUCAUGCUGCUUGCCAUCAGCUGCCGGAGCCCUGAGAGAGCACAGUUGGUCUUGCUCUCUCUGGGUGGGUACAGUACAGUAGAUGGCGCGCUCUCUUUCCCCUCAUCACUUCUAGGGUGAUGUGGAUCAGCACAAGGCUGCAUCUGUGAGCUGAUGUAUCAGAACAGAGUCGCUGUGCUUUCCUCCGAGUGUUAGCGCUGUGAUUCUACUCGGCAAUGCUACAGCAUCAGCAGCAGUUUAAAAAGAGGCGGAGUCUGACUUCACAUGUAUCGGAGGAGGCGUGUUCUAGUCUUAAAAAAAGGAUGAUUUUGUUGUACAGAGUGUUUAAAUAGAUAUAGAUGACAAAGAAAAGAAAUCACUCGAUAUGUGUAUAGUCUGAAAUCUGGAUCAUUUCCGGACCUUAUUGUAUUGUUUUAAAUAAUGUAUGUGCAUUUAGCUAAGAUACAAAAAACACACAAAGAUCAUAAUAAAGUGUUUUAUUUUUUUUCGUCAAAGCAUGCCUCUGAGAUCUCUUUUUUUACUUUCUGGUAUUCAUGAAUGCAUCUCAGUAAUGCUGUUUUUGUCACAUAUUUACCUCAGGAUUGCUAUUUUAAUGAUAAGCUUACAUCUGAAUUGAUAUUUAAUGAGUACUGCAAUUUCGUAGUGACAUUCACAUUAGCAGUGAUAUUAUAAUCAUAAAUAUUUUUGAUUAAUGCUGUUCCAGUCAUACAUUUAUCUCAGUAAUGCAAUUGUUGUUACGUGUUUACCUCUGGAUUGUUAAUUUAUUGAUAGAUUUACAUUACCAGUGCUAUCCAAAUGAGUAAUUCAUCUUAGUAGUGAUUGUGAUCAUACAUAUUCUUGAUUAAUGCUGUUAUCGUGAUACUUACCUCAGUAAUGCUAUUCUUGUCACACAUUUACCUCAGGAUUGAUAACUUUGUCAAAAAUGCUAUUUUAACUAGU